UUGACACGAACAUCCGGUGUGGUCGCAUGCUAGUAGCAUGUAGCGGCUGUGGGUGUUGACAUGUCAGUGUCAGUCAGCUGAUUGCGGGUCGCGAAGCCUCCUGACGAGCCAGUUGCAGUUAGCUUAGCACAGCUAGCUGGAUGUUUGUUUUGUUAACGCGUUACCACCGCAGGUAGCUUGUUAGCUUAGCCCCGGAGUUGUUUUUCGAACAAAAUAAAUAAUUAAACAAUCCUAUCCAACGUAACGCCUCGUGAGAUAUAUCGUCCCGUCGCCGUCAGCGAGGGAGGGGAUCGUCGAGGAGGAGGAGAGAGGGUGGACCAGUCGCUCUCCGCGUCUGUCUCUCUGCAUUGCAGCCCCGGCGCCGCCGCCGCUGAUGGAAUUCAAACACACAACAAUGGCGACUCCCGGUCCCAACAGCUCGACGGCACCGAGCGGCCACAACGGCAGCGGGGGCAACGCGGGGCCCGCAGCCCACCACCAGCACCCGCAGUCCCAGACCCAGCACAUCACCACCAUGAGCAGCAUGCAGGAGUCCAACACCUGCUGGAGAUGUCAGAGUGAAACAGGCUUUCAGAUAAACCUGUCUGGAGCGCCCCCAAGUAAACGCAAAGCCCUGAAGCUGAACUUUGCCAACCCCCCGAUCAAACCCACGACUAGGUUCACACUGAACACGGCCGGGCCGCCUUUCCAGAACCCGCACAUAGAGAGGCUGAGGACGCACAGCAUCGAGUCGUCAGGGAAGUUGAAGAUUUCCGCGGAGCAGCACUGGGACUUCACGGCCGAGGACCUGAAAGACCUGGGCGAGAUCGGCCGAGGGGCUUACGGCUCCGUCAACAAGAUGGUGCACAAGCCGAGUAACCAGAUCAUGGCGGUCAAGAGAAUUCGCUCAACGGUUGACGAGAAGGAGCAGAAGCAGCUGCUGAUGGACUUGGACGUGGUGGUGAGGAGCAGCGACUGUCCUUACAUCGUGCAGUUCUACGGCGCUCUGUUCAGAGAGGGUGACUGUUGGAUUUGUAUGGAACUCAUGGCUAUCUCCUUAGACAAGUUUUACAAAUUUGUGUACUGCUCACUAGACGAAGUGAUUCCAGAAGAAAUUUUAGGAAAAAUAACAUUAGCUACUGUGAAAGCCCUUAACCACUUAAAAGAAAACUUGAAAAUUAUACACAGAGACAUUAAGCCGUCGAACAUCCUCCUGGACAGGAACGGCAACAUAAAGUUGUGUGACUUUGGCAUCAGCGGUCAGCUGGUGGACUCCAUCGCCAAAACCAGAGAUGCAGGCUGCAGGCCGUACAUGGCGCCGGAGAGAAUAGACCCCAGCGCGUCCAGGCAAGGCUACGACGUCCGCUCCGACGUCUGGAGUCUGGGAAUCACACUGUACGAGCUGGCCACGGGACGGUUCCCCUACCCCAAGUGGAACAGUGUGUUCGACCAGUUGACCCAGGUGGUGAGAGGAGACCCUCCGCAGCUCAGCAACUCGGACGAGAGGCGCUUCUCCCCCAAGUUCAUCGCCUUUGUCAACCUGUGCCUUACAAAGGACGAGUCGAAAAGGCCAAAGUACAAGGAGCUACUGAAAGACCCAUUCAUUCAGAUGUACGAGGAGCGUUCGGCCGACGUGGCCGGUUACGUCUGCAGGAUCAUGGAUCAGAUGCCAGCGUCUCCCAGCUCCCCCAUGUAUAUGGACUGAAAGCAGGGGGAAAAAAAAAAAAUUACAUCAAUAAAUAUUACACCACAUUCUGCAACAAUAAAGACAUUCGGGGAAAAAGAAGAAAAAUGAGACAACAAAGUAAAGAAAACAAAUCCUCCUGUAAAUUAGCUUAUUCCCUCUUAUUGCAGUGUUAAAAGUGUAAACGCCUGAAAAGAAACACACAAAAAAGAAACACCAUUUGCAAUAAGAGUGGUGUCACUUCCGUCAUGUCUGUAUAAUAUAUAAACGUUAACACACCUGUUUCUCUCUUGUUCACAAACACACACACACACACUUGACGCACAUGUCGCAUACGUAUACUUGCUAAAGUUAAAUCAAUCAAUCAAUCAAUCAUGGAUGCAUCUUGGUGAUUAGUAGUGAUUAAAAAAAAAAAAAAAAAAAGAAAGAAUGAAAAGAAAACCUGGAACUUGUAUUUAUAGAAACUCGUGGAGAUUCUUCAACCUACUGGAAUCAUGCUCUUUAUGAAUUGUCCCUACUCUUCCGUGUACGUGAAUGAAAAGCAUCGUGUUUGGCAUCUUAAUGGAACUUUGCUUCUCUGGGUAUAAAGCAGUUUUUAAAAAUGGUUUUAAGUGUCGGUGGUCGGAGUCGCGUUGGACUCACUGUGCAGCGGACGAUAUGAAUAAAGAGAACGAGAAGGGAAA